AUGAAACGUGCAGCGCAUGAGGUGACGGGACUUGGACAAGCAUGCAAAUUGAAGAACGUCGAUGCUGUUGUUGUUCUUGAUAGCUCGAUGAGUGUUGGUGCGGAGCACUGGCAGGAACUGUUGAAGCUGACAAAGCAAUUUGGUGACACGCUGGACUCCAGUGCCGGCCACAGUCGAUUGGGUCUAGUGAGCUACAGCGAUUCUGUCACCGUCCUCAGAAAACUACAAAAAAUACCUUCUGGUACGGCUCAGUUCGAGAAGGAGCUAGGAGCAGCGUCGUUCAUGAAUGGCAACACAUUCACUCCAAAAGCCCUCGACUCUGCAUACGAACUCUUCAAAGAGACUAUACAUGAAGACUCAGAAGGUGCCGAGGACCAAGAAAAAAGGCGUCUCUUGUUACUGGCGACGGAUGGCUGUGCCGAUAUUUAUGGCAAGGAAUACGGGAGCUUGGAACACCACUAUCGUGCCGCUGUUGGAAACCUAGAUAAAGUUCCUCAUUUGCACACACUGGUACUAGGUAUAGGAAAGCAAGUAUGUGUCGAAGAGCUUCGCUACAUCGCCGGCUGUGACCCACGAAGCCUGGAUGCUCCCUGCCCGUCUCUCCUUCUGACAUCAUGGGAUUCUCUGCAAAAGGAUCUGAGACGUCUCGACAAAGACGUGUGCGAAGAAAUAACGAUGGAAGAGAAAGAAGACCAGGAAAUGCCACCAGUAGUGCCGGAAACACCUGAGAUCUCUACCACAACUUGCCACAAAGGUAGAGUGGAUGCAGUAGCGGUUCUUGAUGGAUCGGGAAGUAUCAGCAGGGCGGACUGGAAGAAGACCCGGGAUAUCGCGAAAUUAUUUUCUGGCGCCUUAAACAUUGCUGAGGAUCAGAGUCACGUGAGUGUGGUGCGUUUUUCCACGACUGCAAGAGCAGACUGGUCUCUGGUACAGCCGGUCUCAUGGACAGAAAAACAACUAACUAAUCGCAUUUCGCGGUUGCCUCAACCGUACGGAGGUACGAAUACACCAGCAGCUCUAGAAGAAGCGUACAAAAUAUUUGUCACGUCCAUGAACAACCGAGAUGAACACGACUCAGAACACGUUCAUCGUGUUUUGCUCCUUGCCACCGAUGGCUGCGUAAAUCAGUGGGACCGGUUUAAGUUUCGGACGCCAGAGGCGCACUUGCAUGAUGUCUUGGAACGGAUGUCCAGUCUUAAAAACUUGCACAUCAAAGUCCUCGGAAUUGGCAAAAGCAUAUGUCACUCAGAGAUACGGCUCAUUGCGGGCUGCGACCCUAAAGGGACGGAGUCUUGUCGAAACGCGAAGUAUACGGACUUCAAUUCCGUGUUGGACGAACUUCCAGAAUACCUGGAAGAAAUAUGUGAGGAGGUAGAGCAUGGAGUCUUGCCCCCUGUAAGUAGCCCCGAAGAUGUGACGAUUCCAUCAGAAGAGCCGGAAGGUGGUCCUCCAGCUGAAGAGGAAGAGGGUGGCCUCCAACCACCCACGGAAGGAGCGGGUGAAGAGGAAGGGUUUCCUCCAACGGAGGGGCUACCAGGCGAGCAGCCUCCCGUGCCCGAGGAGCCAGGCGAGGAGACACCCGGUGCUGGUCCACUGCCAGAGGAGCAUCCGCCAACAGAGGCGCAUCCGCCAACUGAAGAGGAAGGGGGUCAGUUCGAGCCUUCCACAGAAGGAGAAUGUGAACGGGAAGAAGACACUCCGGAAACGCAGCCACCGACCACCGAGGAGCCAGGCGAGGAGGCACCCGGUGCUGGUCCACUGCCAGAGGAGCAUCCGCCAAUUGAGGAGCUUCCUCCCACUGAAGAGGAAGGCGGCGAGCUCGAACCACCCACGGAAGGAGCGGGUGAAGAGGAAGGGUUUCCGCCAACGGAGGGGCUACCAGGCGAGCAGCCUCCCGUGCCCGAGGAGCCAGGCGAGGAGGCACCCGGUGCUGGUCCACUGCCAGAGGAGCAUCCGCCAAUUGAGGAGCUUCCUCCCACUGAAGAGGAAGGCGGCGAGCUCGAACCACCCACGGAAGGAGCGGGUGAAGAGGAAGGGUUUCCGCCAACGGAGGGGCUACCAGGCGAGCAGCCUCCCAUGCCCGAGGAGCCAGGCGAGGAGGCACCCGGUGCUGGUCCACUGCCAGAGGAGCAUCCGCCAAUUGAGGAGCUUCCUCCCACUGAAGAGGAAGGCGGCGAGCUCGAACCACCCACGGAAGGAGCGGGUGAAGAGGAAGGGUUUCCGCCAACAGAGGGGCUACCAGGCGAGCAGCCUCCCGUGCCCGAGGAGCCAGGCGAGGAGGCACCCGGUGCUGGUCCACUGCCAGAGGAGCAUCCGCCAAUUGAGGAGCUUCCUCCCACUGAAGAGGGAGGCGGCGAGCUCGAACCACCCACGGAAGGAGCGGGUGAAGAGGAAGGGUUUCCGCCAACAGAGGGGCUACCAGGCGAGCAGCCUCCCGUACCCGAGGAGCCAGGCGAGGAGGCACCCGGUGCUGGUCCACUGCCAGAGGAGCAUCCGCCAAUUGAGGAGCUUCCUCCCACUGAAGAGGAAGGCGGCGAGCUCGAACCACCCACGGAAGGAGCGGGUGAAGAGGAAGGGUUUCCGCCAACGGAGGGGCUACCAGGCGAGCAGCCUCCCGUGCCCGAGGAGCCAGGCGAGGAGGCACCCGGUGCUGGUCCACUGCCAGAGGAGCAUCCGCCAAUUGAGGAGCUUCCUCCCACUGAAGAGGAAGGCGGCGAGCUCGAACCACCCACGGAAGGAGCGGGUGAAGAGGAAGGGUUUCCGCCAACAGAGGGGCUACCAGGCGAGCAGCCUCCCAUGCCCGAGGAGCCAGGCGAGGAGGCACCCGGUGCUGGUCCACUGCCAGAGGAGCAGCCUCCGCCGUCUGAAGAGGGAGGGUUCAUGCCGCCGUCGGCUGGCGGAGCGCAGGAAACGACACCCUUGCCUCCUGCAGAAGAAAGCACUCCUUCAGAGACUGAACCGUUUCCGGAGAUCCCGGAGGAGCUGCCGGAAGCUGCUGAGAAGGAAGAGGAAGGUGGCGCGCCCAUCGCUGCAAUCGCCGGAGGUAUUAUUGGAGGCGUGCUGCUGCUUGGAGCCGCUGGCGCAGGAGCGUAUGCGUUGCUCGGAGGAGGCGGAGCGGCGGCGGCGGCAGGGUCUGCUGAUGCCGGCGAGGCAGUCACUCAAGGCGAAGGAGCUGAAGAAGCUGAGGACCGAGAAGUUGGCAUCGAUAUAGACGAAGAUAUGUUCGCUGUCGACGAGAUGUAA